CUCCGCUCCGCACCGCUCCGCACCACUCUGUACACCCCCGCACCGCUCCGCGCCGCACCGCUCCUCAUCGCCUCGCACCGCACCACACCGCUCCGCACACCCCCGCCCCGCCCCGCCCCGCCCCGGUCCCUUGCAGCGCGGCCCAGCCCCGCUCACGGCUGGCGGGGCUCCGCGGGGCGGGAGGACGGGGAUCGGACCGCGCCGCCCGCGGAAGGCGCUGACCCGCUGGCGGAAAGACCGACCCGCGGCGACCCCGGCGGCGGCUCCCCGCGGAGGGGGCGGCGGGCCCGAGCGCCGCGGCCGUUUCCGAGCGUUGAGUGCGCCGCGGCCCCGGCGGCCCCCGGCUCUCAGCCGCGGCCGGUGAGGCCGGCGGCAGCGGCGCGACGCGGCGGGGCAGGCCGUGGCCGGCUGGGGAGGUCGUUCCGCGCCCCGCCCCGCCUGCCCGGCCGCCCGCCGAGGGAGGACGAGCCAUGAGCGGUUCCGUGCUGCGCGGCCUGCGGCUGCGCCCCGGCCGCCCGCCCCUUCUGCCUCUUCUAGCCUCAGGGGGACUCCGGAGGUGGCCCUGGGUGGCAUACAGCACCAGAGAAGAGAACAGUGCAAGGCCUGUUGGCCGAUACCCAGUGCCCAAUAAGAAGGACAUGCCGUAUGACAUCGUGGAGCUCAUGGAGGAAGUGGAACUGAAGACUGGAUUUCUGCCCAAUGUGUUCAAAGCCAUGUCUCACCGACCUGCUGAAUUCAGAGCUUUUUUUGCUUAUUAUAAUGCCAUUAUGAACAAAGACACAGGGCGACUCAGCAAGGCAGACAAAGAGCUCAUCAUUGUGGCUACGAGUGUUGUGAAUAGAUGUCCCUACUGUGUGGUUGCACAUGGAGCACUUCAUCGGAUACAUUCCAAGCAGCCAGCACUGGCUGACCAGGUCAUUGUGAACUGGAAGCUGGCUGACCUGAGCGACAGGGACCUGGCAAUGCUGGAGUUCGCUCUUGCAGUCUGUCGAGCUGAUAACAUCACCGAAGAGCAUUUCCAGAAGCUGGAAAGGCAUGGUUUUGACCGUGAGGAUGCCUGGGACAUAGGCAUGAUUUCUGCUUUUUUUGCCAUGUCCAAUCGCAUCGCACAUUAUAUUGACCUGCGCCCAAACAAGGAGUUCUACACGAUGGGCAGGAUGCCCCAGGGAGAGGAGGGCGCAGAGCACGCCUGACGCUGCUCCCGGACGCCUGCACGCCUGAAAGAUAGAUCAAGCUCUUAAUUCUGA